AUGAGACGACUGACAUCAUGUCUAGUUCUAGGAGAAAAUAGUCUCCUUCCUACGGCAUCCGGAUCUUCUGUUCCUUCAGCUUGGCUGCGCCCUCCCCGGGUUCCGGCAACCCCGCCUUUCUAUGGGUGUACGGCGCUCGAUUACUCGCACCAUUUCUGGCGAAAAUGCUCCAGCGCAAUGCGAGAUCGGAGCCGCGGGUGCUCUCUCCCGACACGGUGGCUGACCAGAGUUGAGGGCCCGCGGACCUUAGCGCUGAAGUCCGAAUCCAAGGCAGGGGACAUGACAGGAAAAGAGUGUGUCGGUGUCUUGCCCAAGGCACGACCCUCCACGGAGCACGGCAGAGGCAAAUCUGAUUCACCCGACGCGUGCGCAAUCACCUCUAUGGAGUCUACAGUAUUAUUUCCGCGGUUCCCUUUGUUGCUUUCCGUUUCACCGGGUUCAGCCGCCAACGCUGUAGAAUGUACGACACACGGUACAAGCAUUCCUAGCGGCAUUCAUCGGCUUCCGUUGUGUCCGCAUUACAGCGCCAUCUGCGGUCCCACGCCGGGCACGCAAGCUGACAACGAAAUUGCGGCUUUAUGCCCGUUUCCGAGGAAACGGAAACUCGUGGGCGAUGUUACUUGCUGCUCGGCACAGACCCAGGCAGUUCCUCGCAUGGCGUCGCCUGGUCUCGCCAGAACUUGGGCGUCACCUCUGACGUCACUAGAUCCUUUCGGAAGUCGGAUAGCUCUCAGUCUCGAAGGACUGUUUGCUGACGGAAGUAGACGGGGUUUCUCCCGUCGAUCCUGGCAAACAAAUAAACGACUACGUUCGUAUAAAGCAAAGAAGCGGAAGCGGUACAUUCGACGAGGCGAAACGCUUCUUCGAGUCAGUUAG